CAAACUGAAACAGAGCUGUAAAAGGAUCCGAAACUACUGGAUGUGACUUUAGAGGAGAUAAAACAACUUUAAUGGGUGAAAGUUUCUGGGAAAACUGUACUUUUUUGAGACAUAUAUGCGGGCUGUUGCUGCAGUGUGGACUCUGGUUAUGCAAUCAGUGGAUUCCAAAAAUUCUGCGUGGACUGCUCCCCGCUCAUAGCUGCGGUCUCAGCCCGUCCACAGGCAGCUUGAGGGCGGGGGACAAACGCACGUUUCCAGACUCGUCUUCUCCGUGUUCGUGAAAACCGAAAAGCAAAACCCACUUCCACAAAACUGAUUAGAGAGACGCAGGAGGUUUUUUUUUUUCUUUUUUUUUCCCUCCUCGUGGGGGUGUUGCGCGGCUUGAAUUUCAAGGCGUGGUGUACAAGAAUCGGCGACCAACCCGCGACUGGAGGACUUUCUUGCGAAGUGCCAGGAGGCGCCGCCUUCCUUUUCGCGCCUCCCGGCUGAAGUCAGGGUUUAUAACCGGCCGGAGGCUCCGGCUCGCAGUGAAGCAGCUCUCUGGUUCAGCGCUUCUAGCGGGGACGUCAACACAAACCUGCCCCCCUGUCGACUUCCCCCCAGCAACUUUUUCAAACUUUUUUCCAAAAACCAGUCGUGGCACGAACCAGCGCUCGGUGCGUCCAGGGAUCCAGCUCGGUUCUCCAUGAAAGACGGAGCGCGGCUGCAGCUUUGGGGAUCAGAGAUGUCCGCGACGGUCCUGUCUGCGUUCUACGACAUGGACAUGCUCUAUAAGCACGACAAAAGCAUGAACAUGAACGCGCUCCACAUCAACAACAUGCUGGAUAAGCGGGCGGUGGGCGCCCCCGUGGCGGCCCCGGGCUCCGGCGGCCCCUUCACGCCGACCUUCUACCGCAGGAACUCGACCAGCAACGUGGAGGCGAUGAACAACAAGUUCUCCGCGGGCCCCUACGGAAGCCUGAAGGAGAACACGCCGAGCGGCGGCAGCGCCACGGCGCUCAUGAACAAGGAGAACAAGUUCCGCGACCGCGCCUACAGCGAGAACGGAGACCGGGGCGUGCUGCAGCAGAAGCCCGGCUCGCAGAUCAACUCCACCCGCUACAAGACGGAGCUGUGCCGGCCCUUCGAGGAGAACGGCUCCUGCAAGUACGGGGAGAAGUGUCAGUUCGCGCACGGCUACCACGAGCUGCGGAGCCUCUCCCGCCACCCCAAGUACAAGACGGAGCCGUGCCGCACCUUCCACACCAUCGGCUUCUGCCCCUACGGGCCCCGCUGUCACUUUAUCCACAACGCCGAGGAGCGGCGCCCCGCUCCGCCCGCCAACGCCAACGUGCAGGCGGCGGAGCCCCGCGGCGGCUUCGGCCAGCGGGACGUCCUGCCGCCGCAGCAGCAGCUCGGCUUCACCCAGCGGGACAGACCAAAGCUCCACCACAGCCUCAGCUUCUCCGGCUUCUCCACCCACCACGGACUGGACUCCCCGCUCCUGGACAGCCCCACGUCCCGGACCCCUCCGCCCCCCGCCUCGGCCUCCUCCAGCUUCUACGAGGAGGUGCUGGCGCACACCUCCGUGCCCUGCAUCAACAGUGCCUUCUCCUUCCCCGGGCAGGACCUAAAGGCCUUACUCGCCCCGCUGGCGGUGCACACCCCCGGCGGCUACAACAACCACUCCACAGGUGCCUACUUCCCGUCCUCCCCCACCUACAACAUCAGCCACCUGCAGGCGCUGCGCCGCCUCAACGACUCGCCGGUGUUCGAGCCGCCGCCGAGCCCCCCGGACUCGCUCUCCGACCGGGAUAGCUACGCCAGCGGCUCGCUGAGCUCCUCCGGGAGCCUGAGCGGCUCCGAGUCCCCGAGUCUGGACGCGGGGAGGCGGUUGCCGAUCUUCAGCAGGCUGUCGAUUUCCGACGACUAGUGUCAGUGUGUGGAUUAUGGAGGGUGCACACUUCCCGACGUGCCUCUGAGCAAGACUUUUUACCCUUCGGGGGUGCCGACCCCCCCUGCUCCGACCCCCUGGAGGGGGGCAAGAGGGGGGUUCCCCCCCACGAGGAUCAGUUAAGCUUUCAAGUAUCUUGAUCUGGCAUUAGACUAGUAUUUUUUCUCCUUUCUAUGUAAUAUAGCUGUAUUAAAACUUAGAUAGCAAACAGAAGGCAUUCCAUCAGUGCCUUGCCCAAGGGCUCACGGCAGCAGCCCCCCUCUCCCGGGAUUGUGACUUGAGAAGAGACUGAGCGGUUUCAGAUUUCCUCCCAUCCUGCCAAGAAUAUGCCUUGACUCAAAGUAACAUGUUUUCUUCAUUCCAGUUCUGCCUUCUAGCGCCACCCAGUGGUUGGUUUGGUUAGUGUUGCUUGGUUGCAAAGCACUCUUGAGUUGGGUUUGUUUGGGGAAAUCACUGCUGAUGGUUGAAUAUAUAUAUAUAUUUUUUUAGCAGUUUUUUUUUUUUUUUGAGUGAUUUACAUAGCGGUGCUUAACUUGCUAUGGACUAUUUAACUUAUUUAUUAUCUUGUGAAAAAAAGUAUAGGCUACAUUGGUAAUUUGUGUCCAUACUGUAUUUAUCAAGUAUGAUGAAGCAAUAGAUCUAUAUUCUUUUAUGUUUAAAUUAUGAUCGCCAUUAUUAAUCUGCAUAAAGUGGAGUGUAUGUUCUUUUCACAGUAAUAUAUAUAUUGUUUUUUCCUUUUUUUUGUAACUUCACUUUUUAUUGUAAAUGAGUAAAAACAAAUCUUAAUUUAAGAGAACGUAUGUGAUAUUUAUUUCAUUAAUUUUCGUUCCUUGUUUACGUUUAUUAAAACAAAAGUUUGCGUGAUUGCUGUCAGUGCUGUAGAAGGCCUUGUUUUUUUUUCUUUAUUCUUUGGAGGAUCCCCAUUAGCUGUGUGUGUAGAAUGUAUAAACAGAGGUUGUACAGACCGUCCAAACCUUGUUGACCUACAUCAGCGACAAAGAACCCGAGUCAAUAAAUUAACCAAAAAGUAUUUUAUUUUUCUUCUUUCUCCUGUUUGCACGAGGUCACACUGUGAUUCCAGCCGCGUGCUAAAGAAUGUAGCAAUCCCUUGUGCCCCAGUAUUAUUGUGUAGUGCCUGUUGGGGUUCACCAUCUUUACAUGCCUUAAAAAUUAACCAAAUAAAGUAUUUUUCCUACAUUUUUUCUAUAAGAGUUGAAUGUAGUGUUCUCGACCCUGAUUCUGAGGUUGUUACCACUCGGACAGAAGCGACCUUCACCCUUUGUCCCCAUUCCUUUUUCUUGUUCUUUUCGUAUAGAGUCUAGUUUUUUGGAGAGGAAAGUGGACGAACACGUCUGGUUUGUACAUAGUAGGUACAGGGGGAUGCGCACUAUGUACUUUUGACUACUUUAUCAGAAGUAAAGCUUUUUGAAUGUAACAAACGGACAAAAAAAAAGACGAGAGUUGUGAUGUUUUCGUUUUUUGGGGAGUCUGUUCACUACAAAUUGAGUGUGAGACUGUUAACUUUGUACUGUACAUUUUUUUUGUAGUUCUCCCAAUAAAAAAAAGAAAAUCAUUUUGAGA